CUAUUUCCCACAUCUUCUCGUCUUCAAUCACCAUACGCAAUGACAGUGACUGCUGAAACUCAUGUUCGCCGUGGACACCCGAUCACCUUCGGUCUCAUCAUCUUGUUUUCCAUCAUCGAGCUAGCAGUUUCGGCGUGGCUAGUGGCUCGCUACAACCAGCACCACAACUACCUCUCGGGCUCUGAGAACAAUCGUGUCCGCUUCCUGCUCUUCAACUCCAUUUGGACCCUGCUCCUCGCACCAAUCUUCAUGGGCGUUUUCUUCGCAGCGCCAACCAGUUUCUUGGGUAGCUUGUUGAGCCACUCUGUCUUCAUCUUCCUGACUUGGGUCCUUUGGCUCGCUGGUGCUGCAGCCAUCACCGCGACUCUCGGCGGAAGGCUCGAUUGUGGCCUUAACUACACCUAUUGUGGACAACUCAAUGCGCUCGAGGCCUUCGCCUGGAUCCAAUGGGUGCUUCUCACGUUCGCUCUUGUGUCUGUUAUUCUGCUUGCAAUCCGCGCGAGGAGAGCAGGCAACGGGGUGAAGGGUCCAAUGGUCCAAACAACCACUGUCUAGUUUUCUCAUUUCUCGACGCAGUGUACCUUGUUCCUGUUUUACGACGCAACCAUUCUGAUAUGAUUUGAGACUCCCUACUUACGCUGUGCUUGCUUGUAUAUCAUCGCUUGAUACUUGUAUUGUAACGCAUCAUUAUGUGGCGUGUUUAUAUUAUCGAAUGGAUUUUAACGAC